CAAUUUUCCUUCCGAGUCAGGGUGGGUCCCAGAACCCACCCUGUUAUACUCUCCUUCUGCCACUAGCCACAGUGGUCAUAUUAGCAACAGUUUCCAAGCUUUGUUCCUCAUCCACAUUCAUAAGCAAUAUGAGCUAGAGCUUCAGUCAGAAAUCAAAGUUUUCAGCUGCCACCAGCUACUGAUGCGACAUACGAUGAGCUAACCCUAGCUAUUGUCAAGAACCAGUUGUUCCCAAUAACUCGAGUUGUUGGAAGAGGUUCAAUCGUGGAUCAUAUACCACAACACUAACAACUACGAGUUCGUUGCCGCUCGAAUCAGUCGUUCUUGAUUUUGCAUCGGCAAUAUGCCACACGCGGAUGCUAGCAAAAUCAUUAUGGGGAAAGAGGGAGUUGAGGAAGGAUGUUCCUGAGAGAGUUAUCAAGGCAUGAACAUAAGCCCAUGCCAACCUUUCCAUUAUGGUGAUUGGCGCCCGAUGAGAAGGUACGAAAGGGUGAUGGAGACGAGUCCACUAGCGGGGAGCGGCCCAUGCAGCCCAUGAAGAGAUUGACAUCGCCGAGGACCCACAAGCCCAAUAGUCCUAGGUUAAUUAUUAUUAGUCCGUAUAUUGUUCAGUUCUGUAAGAAUUAAGCAACCGUAUUUAUAGUCAUUGUGAUGGAAUGAGAACGAUUAUCAAUUCUCUAAAAAAAUAGACCUCGAGAGCAUUUCUCUCAUUUCUUGAGUACUUUUUCUCUCUUCUCUAUAAGAGUCCUUUCGUCUCCCCCUGGUUGAGGGAUGUCUCUUGUUUUUCCUUUGUCUCCUUCUUGGAUCUUAAUAAGUUUUCUUUAGCGGCUUCUCACUUUUAUUCAUCUCCUUCAUCUGGGUUUUCUUUUUGUUAGCUUCCUUUUGUAUGGUGACGCGGGUUGGCAGUGGUUGUCUUGCGGUCCCCAGUUUUUCACUAUGAAAGUGGUGAGUUACAAUGUUAGAGGUCUGCGCGACCCAAAGGCAAUAACAAACUUAAAAAGAUUGAUCUGCAUUGUGCAACCUCAGUUGUUUUUCCUCAUGGAAACUAAAUUGAGUGAUGGAGAGAGGGAAAAGCUCAAGUUAGAUUAGGGCUUUACGCGGGAGUUAGGUUUUGCAGCAAAGGAACGGGCUGGAGGCUUGUGCUUACUCUAGAAUGAUAACAUUAUUGUGGACAAAUUAUCAUUGUCUUUUUAUCAUAUUGACGUGGUAGUCAACUACCCGGAAGAAGGCCCACCUUGGCGAUUAACAAGUUUUUAUGGGCGACCGGACAAGAAUGAACGUCAUUUAUCGUGGGAGCUUCUAAUAGUUCUAAGAAUUUUAAUCAAGUCUUAACAACAAGGGAUAAAAGUGGAGGGCGACAGAUAGAGGAAAACAGAGUUGGCCUUUUUUCGGGAAUCUCUUGACUUUUGUGGUCUUAUUGACUGUGGAGGGAUAUCCCUACACAUGGGAAAAUCGCAUAUAUGGUGCGGCAUAUAUUGAAGAAAGAAUCGAUCGAUGCUUUGCUACUUUUGAAUGGUAACAACAGUUUGAUCUCAGCAAGGUUACACAUGUUGAAUGGGAGGGAUAGGAUCAUUACCCCAUUAUGUUGGACACAAGAGGAAUCGAAGAAGAAGAUAUCAAGUGUGGAUGGUAUUUUAGGAUUGAGCCUUUUGGGAUCAAGGAUGAUGAGUGUAAGCAGAUUGUUGAACAAGAGUGGACAACUUACACUGAGGCUAAUAUCCUCACAAACUUGAGGCAUUGUGAAGAGAAGCUUCUGGUUUGGAGUAAGGAGAAGUUUGGGAGCAUAAAGAAGAGGCUUAGUUACAUUGAAAAGACCCUUAAAAAGCUUAGAAGAUACCCUAAAACAGAGGAGAUCAUGGCACAAAGAAGGGGUCUCCAGGCCGAGAAGAUGGAUUUAAUAUGGAAGGAGGAGAACAAAUGGAGCCAAAGAUCCAUAAUAGAUUGGAUACAAGAGGGGGAUAAAAGCACUAAAUUUUUUCAUGCUAAAGCGUGAGUUUAAAGGAAAAGGAAUACAAUUAAAUCUAUAAGGGAUCAAAUGGGAAGACAGUAUAGAGGACAAGAAGAAGUCACGGCUUAUAUCAACCUUUACUUUAUGGAUUUGUUUAAAAAGGCUUCCCACUCAAGUACUAACAAGGUCAUCAAUCCUAUUCAGCGGAAGGUUACUGAAGAAAUGAAUAUCUCCCUUCUAGCACCAUUUAAGGCAGAAGAAGUUGAAAGAGCCCUUUGGCAAAUGGGGCCAACGAAGGCUCCGGGUUCGGAUGGUUUCUCGGUAGGUUUUUUUUCCAAGAAAAACUGGAAUGUGGU